AUGGCCUUCUGGAAGUCAUCAUCCAAAGAGGGCGACGAGAAGCCAAAGAAGAAGUCUCUCUACCAACGCUACGAAGACAAGAAGACAGGCCGCGACAAGGUCAUCCCGGACGAAGACCUUCUCAAGUACACCGGCAAGACCAGGGAAGAGAUCAACGCGUGGGCCAAAGACAGGCCGGGUGUGGCGGGAAACCGUGCCGCAGGGACGCUGGCCAUGGGUCCGGCCACGGGGUUUGGCGGUGCAGCGGCCGCUGAUGGAUACGGCGGAUGGGGAACUGAUGCCGGGUCGGAACCCAAAUAUCCACCGCAGAAGACGGUUAGCGCGGAAGGUGGUGUCGAGUCGUCGAAGUAG